ACCGUCCUGUCGGGCGGAAACAUCCGGCGUGUAGUUUUGUCAAACAUGGCAAGUCGUAAGAGUAACAAGAAGAAGCUGGAGGAGGCUGAUAAAUAUUCUGUGCUGUUACCGACGUACAACGAGCGAGAGAAUUUACCUCUCAUUGUCUGGCUGCUGGUCAAAUAUUUCGGCGAAAGUGGCUAUAACUACGAGAUCAUUGUCAUUGAUGAUGGAAGCCCUGAUGGGACACUACAGAUUGCGGAACAGCUGCAGAAAAUUUACGGAGAGGAUAAGAUUGUCCUGAGACCAAGAGAAAAGAAACUUGGUUUAGGAACCGCAUACAUCCAUGGUAUUAAACAUGCUACUGGGAAUUUCAUUAUCAUCAUGGAUGCUGAUCUGUCUCAUCAUCCAAAGUUUAUUCCACAAUUUAUUGAUAAGCAGAAAGAGGGUGGAUAUGACCUAGUGUCUGGAACGCGGUACAGAGGAGAUGGAGGUGUAUACGGAUGGGACCUGCGCCGAAAACUUAUUAGCCGAGGAGCAAAUUUCAUCACACAAGUGCUGUUGAGACCAGGAGCAUCAGAUCUCACAGGAAGUUUUAGACUCUAUAAGAAGGAUGUGCUGGAGCAGUUGGUGGCGCGUUGUGUGUCCAAAGGCUAUGUUUUCCAGAUGGAGAUGAUUGUUCGUGCGAGACAGUUAGGCUACACCAUUGGAGAGGUUCCAAUCUCGUUUGUGGACCGUGUUUAUGGGGAGUCCAAAUUAGGAGGAAAUGAAAUUGUCUCCUUCCUGAAAGGAUUACUCACUCUUUUUGCAACAACAUGAUUGACUGAUAUAUAUGUCUAAUUCUGACUGAUGCUUGUUAUAUUAUUAAAUAUGUUUACAAACUGUAGCUAUAUAUACUAUGGUUUAACAUAUAUGGAUCUGAUCAUUAACACACCACAGAUUAAACUUUGUUGUACAUUGUGAAGGAUUGCUGUUAAAGACACGCAGAGCAAGAUUAGUUUAGAAAUUGUAUCAGGACCAAAUUACAUACACUGUUUCAAAAAUAUUAGAAAGCAUUAAAUAAAAUGUAUAUGAUUUAGGGAAUAGUAUGGUGGAAUUUCUGGGGGUUAAAGCAAAGCUAACGUUGUAGUUGAGUCAUGUUACAAUUUCUUUUUCAAUCAGCUAUGGUAUGGAAAGGGUUUUUUACACUUUUGAUAGUUAUUAUAGUAACUGAAAUGUUAAGAUGUGCAUUACAUUGCUGAUGAAUAAAUAUUUUACAAAAAUA